AUGGCCCAAACGCAUAACGACAACGGCCAUGUCCUCCAUCCUGGUGCUGGACUUCUGAGUGUGACGUUAAACAUCAAACAACACAUUGCAAGUAGACCCACCGACCCAGCCUCCCAAUCACUACAACGCCCAUCCAGCCUCCCCAUCACCACAACAUCCACCCAGCCUCCCCAUCACCACAACACCCACCCAGCCUCCCCAUCACCACAACGCCCACCCAGCCUCCCCAUCACCACAACGCCCAUCGAGCCUCCCCAUCACCACAACGCCCACCAAGCCUCCCCAUCACCACAACGCCCACCCAGCCUCCCCAUCACCACAACGCCCACCCAGCCUCCCCAUCACCACAACGCCCGACCAGCCUCCCCAUCACUACAACGUCCACCCAGCCUCCCCAUCACCACAACGCCCACUCAGUCUCCCCAUCACCAUAACGUCUACCCAGCCUCCCCAUCACCACAACACCCACCCAGCCUCCCCAUCACCACAGCACCCACCCAGCCUCCCCAUCACCAUAACGUCCACCCAGUCUCCCCAUCACCACAACGCCCACCCAGCCUCCCCAUCACCACAACGCCCGACCAGCCUCCCCAUCACUACAACGCCCACCCAGCCUCCCCAUCACCACAACACCCACCCAGCCUCCCCAUCACCACAACGCCCGACCAUCUCCCAAUCACCACAACGCCCGACCAGUCUCCCCAUCACUACAACGCCCGACCAGCCUCCCCAUCACCACAACGCCCACCCAGUCUCCCCAUCACCACAACGCCCACCCAGCCUCCCCAUCACUACAACGCCCACCCAGCCUCCCCAUCACCACAACGCCCACCCAGCCUCCCCAUCACCACAACACCCACCCAGCCUCCUCAUCACCACAACGCCCACCCAGCCUCCCCAUCACCACAACGCCCACCCAGCCUCCCCAUCACCACAACGCCAACCCAGCCUCCCCAUCACCACAACGCCCACCCAGCCUCCCCAUCACCACAGCACCCACCCAGCCUCCCCAUCACCACAACGCCCACCCAGCCUCCCCAUCACCACAACGCCCACUCAGCCUCCUCAUCACCACAACGCCCACCCAGUCUCCCCAUCACCACAACGCCCACCCAGCCUCCCCAUCACCACAACGCCAACCCAGCCUCCCCAUCACCACAACGCCCACCCAGCCUCCCCAUCACCACAGCACCCACCCAGCCUCCCGAUCACCACAACGCCCACCCAGCCUCCCCAUCACCACAACACCCAACCAGCCUCCCCAUCAUCACAACGCCCACCCAGCCCCCCCAUCACCACAACGCCCACACACUGAUCUGA